AACGGCACCGUUUGUUUUGUCGAGGUGAGGCAUGGGCUUCUAACAGUCUGCUACAAUCUCGGUGAUGGUCCCAACAGUCACUUCCCGACCAUAAAAUAGACACUGGAGAGUGGAACGACGUUGGCUUGGAAAGGAUGCAGAACGAGUUCACGCUUCGCUUUAAUGGAGGAGGUGAGCACAGAGAGAUAACAGCAGCUCACAGGACCUACAAAGAAAUUAAAGUCGAUCCGAGAGGCGCGAUUCUGGGAAGCAUCAACCAAUCGGGUUAUCAAGGAUGCAUAAAGAACACGAGACUGAACGGCUGCCGCCUGCCUAUGGAGAACACGACAGCCUCGCCGGUGUCCGUUAUAAGCCGGGAAGGAGCGACCGAAGGCUGCGUCUCAGACGUCUGUAGCAGCAGCCCCUGCAGCCGCCGCUUUGUCUGCGUUGAUCUAUGGAUGAACCACGAAUGCAGGUGCCCCCCAGGAUACCUGCUUACAGAGAAUGGCACAGAGGCUCACUGCGUCUACACGGUAUGUGCCAGCCACCCCUGCAAACACGGCACGUGCCACGCUUGCCCACCCAAUCCACCUGCCUCUGCGCAGAGGGGUACGUCGGGAGCGGAUGUCACGUCUUCAGCCCCGGACUCUGGUUCAGCAAUCCUUAUAUCAUCUUGAUUUG